CCAUAUCUAAUUCUCAUUGCAGCGACCGUGCUGUCACCUGCCAGUUGAAGCGGCUACUACUUAUUUUUAUACAGGACAAACUCUAGAGUCGUGUUGAGCUAGUAGAGAGUAUCCGUAGCACCCAGGGUUCAGAGUAGCAGUAGGUUCCAGAGAUAUUAAAUUCAGCCUUGAGAAUUCCUGGAAAUUUAAUACAGUGCUAAUAGCCUUACGCGUACACGUGCAAGCAUUCAAAGACCUACAGUACCAAGGGUACUCUGGAAUUUCAUGCCGAGGGAAUUCACGACAUACGCAUCACCCGAAGUUGGCCCGUCUAGUUGAUUUCUAUCGCAGAACCAGUUUUGCGAAUAAUACUGUAUAUAAUUGUUAGCUUAUGACUAUCUGCCAACAGAUUGUGAUCUGACUUGCGUCGCAUCCCGAUAGAGCUCUCAUCGGUCUUAAUCACGUCAAAUCAACAAAGGCCAAUAAGCGUUAUGAAAAAUAUUCUCUCCAACGGACAGACGUGAGAUGAUCGACUACCAGCAGAGAGGCCGAACUCGAUUAAUAAGACCCGGGACGAGUACGAGGAAGAUCCGAAGUGAGCGUGGAAGCGCGCGAAUAUCUUGUUCGCUGUGGGAUAAAGGAAUAAAAAAGGGGAAUGGUGGCCGCCGGCGGUUCAGGAAAGCCAAGGAGGUUCUGAGCCCCGAGAACGUGGUAUCCAGCGAGGUUGGUUAAGAGCGCAGGCGUGAUAUCGACCUGCAGCAGGUACCAGCUAAGUAUGGAAUCUGACGAAGAGGAGGUGGUUGGAGUAUAGUAGUGUUGAGGAGGAUUCGUAUCACACGAUCGCCAUUAGGCGAGGUGAGUCGAGGCGAGGCGAUUCGAGGGGCUUGAGGUAUGAUAGAGGACACAGAACAAGACGGGCGGGAAGGUAGGUUUUACGCGGCGUCUUGUGAUCUCGACUUCAGUCUGGUACCGACUGCCGCCGUAAACGCAACGCUGUCAACAUCGAGCGUCUUCGUCACGUCGUUGGUUCCUCCGGAGCCGUUAAAUCCAGAGCGAAUACCUCGAGGAGGCAUUUCUUACGAAAUACAGUUAUUCCCCUAGCCGUCGCUACGGGUAGAAGGGCAUCGCGAAAGCACCGAGUUAUCAAGCUCGGAAAUCAGGAACGCGCACAUGGAUUCCGGGGGGUAUUUGCGAUUCGCCGUAGGAGCUUAGAAACUUUUGGAGCUCUCGCACUGCCCGUCGGAAACGAUGUGUCGGGCCUCUGAUUAUCGAAAAAGUCCCUAGACGAGGGAUACCUCUUUUCGUUCGUCCCUGUAUGCCUGUAUAUGAAUAUAAACAGGUAAUUGGUUGUCCCGAGAAGAGAAUUGAAAAUUUAUUCAUCAACGUGCCAAUUUCUUCUUUAAUCGAAUUCCUUAUCGGUGAUGGACAAAGAUUAGGGAUCCGCGUACAGUUUUUUUUUUCUUUUUGUAUUCGACGCUACAACUGCUUGAGAGAAAAUUAAGAUCCGAGCUGCUCCAAUGCGAUAAACCUUUACGAAUGAUACGUUUCUCGGAGUGUGUCCCUACGGCGUACAGGAAGUUUCGACUACGCGAAGAUUAAUCGCCGAUAGCCUUCUGGAAGAUUUAUGAAGAAUGAAGUCCGAAAGCAACAACGGAUACAUCAGGACGUCGGUCGUCGUCGAAGAGGGCGAUCUCUUGUCGGGAAGCAGGAGAGACGCUUCUUCGGGUACUCCGUUGCAGGUAACUUACGGACCCAGGGGCAGCACCACGACCGUUCUUCAUAAUUCUGGAAACGCUAGGAACACCAGGGCUACAUCGAUCACUCGACGUCGGAUACGAACGACCAACAGGCAGUGUCUACUUGGCGUACUUGCUUUUAUUCUUCUAACGACGUGUCUCUUCACUCUUUUACUUCUUGGUUUGAAUACAUUCCGCCAAUGCGACCAGGAAACACAUCCAAAGGUCUGCAUGACGGAGGAAUGCGUGAGAACAGCCGCCAGCCUCCUGUCAGCGAUGGACCGUUCAGCGCCACCCUGUGCGGACUUCUUCCAAUAUGCCUGCGGCGCCUGGAAUCGACUUCACGUAAUCCCCGAAGACAAGAGUUCAAUCAGCACUUUCGAGGUCCUCGCCGAUCAGCUUCAGGUCAUACUGAAGAGAGUCCUCGAGGAACCGCCCAACGAAGAGGACAACGAUGCUACCUUGAAAGCCAAAAUGUUCUACAAGUCCUGCAUGGACAUCCCUCAGAUACGACAGAUUGGUGACGGACCACUCAGAGACACCCUUAAGAAAUUGGGAGGCUGGCCUGCCGUUGAGGGAGUACUUUGGAAGCCACCGUCUUAUCCUAUAGAGGUACUGCUGGGUCGUCUACGGGGAGAGUACAACGAGGGCGUUCUUCUCGAGCAAUGGGUCGGACCGGAUGAUAAGAAUUCCUCGACUAACAUCCUCCAGCUGGACCAAAUGCAGCUCGCUCUACCCAGUCGUGAUUAUUAUCUGAAAACUAGUAGCGAGGCUGAAUUAAGAGCUUAUCAUCGUUAUAUGACUAAUGUUGCUGUACUACUUGGAGCUGACUCCCGCACAGCAGCACAGGAGUUCGAACACGUUAUUCUACUGGAGAAAGAACUUGCGCACGCAAUGGAGUGGUUCGAAUGGUUUCAGGCUUCUCUGCCAGAAGCUGAUAGACACGACACAUCCGCUAUUUACAGGAAGUUGACGUUACGAGAGCUUCAGCAGGAAGUGCCGCAAUUGAAUUGGCAAAUUUAUCUUCAAGAAUUUUUCAACGCCCCAAUAACGGAAGACGAACCAGUCGUGGCUUACGCUAUGCCUUACUUCAUACAGAUGGGUCGUAUAGUCGAUAAAGUAGAUCGCCGAACUUUGCACAAUUAUGUACUCUGGCGAUUGGUAAUGUCCAUAAUGCCCCACAUGAUUGAUGAGUACCAACAGAAACGGAUAGAAUUUCGCAAGAUACUGUUGGGCAUCUUGAGCGAACGAAAUCGAUGGUCGCAGUGUGUCGAGUGGACGAAUAAAAAGCUCGGAAUGGCGGUGGGGGCAUUGUUUAUACGCGAUAACUUCAAUCACGAUAGUAAAGAGACUGCUUUGGAAAUGAUUCAUACCAUUCGCGAAGCGUUUAAUGAGCUUUUGGCUGAAAAUCAUUGGAUGGACGACGAGACUAGGGCAGUUGCCAAAAGCAAAGCCGAUUCGAUGAACGAACGAAUCGGGUACCCGGAAUUUCUAAAGGAUCCGGAAGAGUUAUCCAUGGAAUACGUGAUGUUGAACAUCACUGAGAAUCACUUUUUGGAAAAUAUCCUGGCCGUUCUGAAGUACGACGCUUAUCAUAAUCUACAGAAAUUACGACAACCAGUGGACAAAGAUAAAUGGUCAACCGAGCCGGCAGUGGUCAAUGCUUUUUACAAUCCCAACAAAAAUGAUAUUGUUUUCCCAGCUGGCAUCCUGCAGCCACUUUUUUACUCUCAACAUUUUCCCAAGUCACUGAAUUAUGGAGGAAUAGGCGUUGUGAUCGGUCACGAGAUUACUCAUGGAUUCGACGACAAGGGUCGUCAAUUCGACAAAGAUGGAAACAUGAUGCAAUGGUGGAACAAUGUGACCAUCAGUGCUUUUCGCGAACGCGCCCAGUGCAUAGUGGACCAAUAUUCGCGUUAUAAACUACAAGAAGUUGACUUGUACGUCAACGGUAGAAUGACCCAGGGUGAGAACAUUGCAGACAACGGUGGACUCAAGCAAUCGUUCAGGGCAUACAAAAAAUGGGUAUCGAUACAUGGCGAAGAACCACUGCUUCCUGGCGUUAAUCUUACGCACGACCAACUUUUCUUUUUAAACUACGCACAGAUCUGGUGCGGCUCGAUGAGACCUGAGGAUGCUCUGACAAAGAUACGAAGUAGUGUCCAUUCUCCGGGUCCUGUAAGAGUCCUGGGACCGCUUUCGAAUAGCGAAGAUUUUGCGCGCGCUUAUAACUGCCCAACUGGAUCACCUAUGAACCCAACACACAAAUGUAGCGUAUGGUAAUACCGUGGUAAUCUAGUGAAAUGGUAAUUUUAAUGAAACAAAUUGAACGUGCUGAGCAACAGGGUAAGAAGUUGAUGUGGUAAGGUGGGCAUGUGAGGAUCUUAAUGAAAGGCUGUAAAAUUAAGGAUGGGGCCUUGCCACGUAAUGGAGGAAUGAAUCCUCGCCAGUCAGCUGAUGGACAAUCCGUUAAAAAUUAAUCUUAAUUGUCGUAUUCAUGUCACUUUGGUCGCACUGUCGUCAAAAGAACCGCGUUUCAGUAUGUAAAUAAUAUUGAAUGGUUACGUGUAACCGGACGGGGGGGUAUGGAUUGAGAGACAUUUUGCAAACGUCCUAUUGUGACGUUCAAAUUGAUAUUUUUAUGAAUCGUAGUUAUCCGUAAGGGAUCAUUUUUAAAACUCGAUUUUCUUCGAUGACACGCCAAGUCAACCUAUUAUCGCCAUUAAAAAUACUCUCGCAAGAAUUACAUAGUUUUAUUUAGUCUUAUCAUAGAAAUUCUUUCUUCUUUUACUAAUAUCAUUUCAACAUUGGCUGUCAGAGGUUGGAUAGAGCAACUGCCAGAUUCUUACGUAUUGGCAAUACUUGUUCUUCCAAAAAUUUUUAUUUUCACCUUUUCUUGAAGAUAUACUUAAAUUCACUAUGCCAAGUCGUUUAAUUAGUCAUAAUUAGUUGUGAUAAUUAACAGUGACAGUAAUCAAAUACAAUUAUCAAACAUAAACGGCAAGCUUCUCACGCAGUGGUUAAUCGCUAAAAGUUGAUUCUUUGAUUAAGAAUCUCAGAAUCAGAUGCAGCGUCAUUCUAAACUAGCUAUUUUUUAUAUGAUAAUAAGAAAAUACCUACAUGCGUAUUCGUUCUCGUGAAAAAUUGCAAAUCAAUUGUAAUCAGGGAUGAAAACUGCACGCGUGGGGCGUUCCUUGAAAAUUGUUUCGUAAUCUUGAAAACAGAUUUAAAAAAAAGGAUAAAAAUAGAUAUCCCCCUCCCAAAUAUUUUAUCAAGUUUUAAUCUAAUUUUAAUUACUCUCCCUCAAGAUCAUGUACCAUACUGUUUCCACGAGUAAGCUGAAUUGUUCACUGGAUACACGAUGUGCGUUUCCUCCUAAAAAAUCAGAUUUUAGCGAAAAUCAAGGUAAUCGAGGUACUGAAUUGUUAUCCCUUUUCCAUAGCGCUCAUUGGCUGUCGGUGUCGUCAACAGUUAGGCGCAAGUUCCACGUGAAGUUUCCGUUUCGGAUGCAGAAGACUUGCGCCACAGUUCGUAGCAUUGGCUCGACAGAUCGGGGUUAUGAUCGGUUACCACUUUACUGUUGAUCCAAUAACCUUUUAUUCCUCAUCGCCCACUGUUAUCAUUACAAUCACAACCAAUAACCCCGAUCUGUCCAAUGCCACGAACUGUGGCGCACGUCACCUGCAUCCGAAACGGAAACUCACGUAGAACUUCCGACUGGCCGUUGACGACACCGACAGCCAAUGAACGCUUCGUAAAAGCUCAAACAAUUCCGUAUCUCGAUUUCAUGAUAUGAUUUUUUUAUAAGAGCAGAAGGAUUAUAACUCAGCAGCAAAAAUAUCCUUAUUCAUUAAAGAUGAAGAAAUGGAUACCAAAGAGAAGAGUCAGCCCCCGAUAUCUUCAGAUCCAUUGCCUUCGGGUGCACCGGGUGUCUUUUUCUUGAAAUAAAACGAAGCAAAUGUAUAAACAAAAAUAUAUACGAAUUAAGACACCAGAGUGAGGACGUAGGAUCGCCGAUUGAUUAAUGUAACAGCCAAUCGAUUAACAAGGAAGAGGACGAGAAAUCGAAUUGAAUAAAGUAGCAUGUAUUUGUUGAAAGAUUUACUCUAGUAUUGGAACAUAUCAUCCAUACAUAGCAUGGUCCAUGCCGAUCUUGCGUUUUUAUGUAAAAAAGGUGGAAAUAAAAAUAAUAUACAACAGA